CGGAGCUGGGGCAAGAGCUCCGCAUCCCUAGGACACCCCGCACAUGGAUGCGCACGUUGCUUUCUCGGGCUUCCCGGCUCUGCCCUCGGUCUCGCCGUCGGGGCCGCAGCCGUCGCCGCCGCUAGCCGGAGCCGAGCCGGGGCGCGAACCCGAAGAGGUGACGAGCGGCGGGGACGUGGAGGCCACGGCCGCGCCGGGCCCCGGGAGAAGGCGCCGGCGGCCGCUGCAGCGCGGGAAGCCGCCCUAUUCGUACAUCGCGCUCAUCGCCAUGGCCCUGGCGCACGCUCCAGGCCGCCGCCUCACUCUGGCCGCCAUCUACCGCUUCAUCACCGAGCGCUUCGCCUUCUACCGCGACAGCCCGCGCAAGUGGCAGAACAGCAUCCGUCACAACCUCACCCUCAACGACUGCUUCGUCAAGGUGCCGCGUGAGCCGGGCAACCCGGGCAAAGGCAACUACUGGACGCUCGACCCCGCGGCCGCCGACAUGUUCGACAACGGCAGCUUCUUGCGGCGCCGCAAGCGCUUCAAGCGCGCCGAGCUGCCCGCGCCGCCGCCGCCGCCCUUCCCCUACGCGCCCUUCCCGCCCGCGCCCGCGUCGCCCGCGCGUCUCUUCCGCCUAGACAACCUGCUGGGCCUGCAGCCCGAGCCGCCGGGGCCCGUGGCGUCCGAGCCGCCCUGCUGCGCCGUCCCCGACGCCGCCUUCCCGCCCUGCGCCGCCGCCACCUCCUCCUCGCAGCCGCUCUACUCGGCUGCGCCCGAGCGCCUGGGGCUGCCCCCGCCGCUGCCCGCCGAGCCUCUCCUGACCUUGGCCGGACCGGCGGGCGCGCUCGGGCCGCUCAGCCCCGGGGACGCCUACCUGAGACAGCCGGCCUUCGCGCCGGGCCUGGAGCGCUACCUGUGAGCCGCCGUCCCGGCGGGAGCACCUGGCCGCGCCUCCAGCCCCGCCCGGAGCAGAGCGCGCUUGGCUCUGGGGCACACGAGCAGCCUGGCGCUCUCGGCUGAGUCCCCUUGCCUUGCCUCGGGCUGAACCUUCCUUGCCUUCCUCCAGCCCUGGGGAAGACUCUGACCAUCUCACCACCAGACUGAAGCGUCCUCUCCAAUCUGACGCCUUCACUCCUCCCUCUUCUUGUAUGCCCCACCUAUGCACCCCCACAGUGGCAAGUCUCAUGCUCUGGAGCUGGACGGUCACCAGUGGGGCCUUUAGCCCCAAGUGUCCUGGUGAGUUCCAGUCUGGAAGCUUUUGUCUCAAGUCACCUCCUCGACCUCUGAUGUUUUGCCAACGUCAGAGGUCAGACUCCUGGGUUCAUUACUUCCACACCAUCUUCCACCAUUUACCAACAAGUUUGACAAGUUUGUCCUCCUACCCUGCCCUUGGUUUCUUACUGAGCCCUUUUCCCACACAGACACACCUGGCUGCUCAGUUCCAGGUUCUGAGGACAGUUCUUCAGACCUUUCUAGGUUACAGCACCAGGGGCUCCUGACUGAAUGGGGGGAUUAAUGGGCCUCUAUGUCUGCCCCGCCCCCGUGGAAA